GGAGGAAACAAAAUUAAUGACAGGCACUGGGGCAAAAGUCAGGUCAAGUGUACAGGGCACAUCGAUCUCCGGAACUUUCAGUGCCUGGGGCAACAAAGCUUUCAGGAAGUGUUCAGUACUCCAUGCUGUCAUUUGCUCUAAUAAAUAGCUAUCAACCAGCAGUUUGACCACUGUACCAGCACGUCGCUCUCUACAAGUGUCACUACUCAGCCUCAUUUUCUUCGACAGUCUUUUCUCUACUAGGGAACGUGACUGUUUUCCUGGGUUCCUGGGAGAACUGCAGUGUGAACUUCAUGGACUCCUCAAGGAGCCCUGGCCUCUAAACGCGUCACCAGUUAAUCAUGCCACUGGCAGGGGCGGCCGGGGUCAGUCACGAACGUCAGCCGGCCGCAGUGCUGGUCGCCUAGCAGGUGGUCAGCAAGUACCUGUUUGACAAACGCAGGUGCGAAGAGGGGCGCCGGUCACGUGCGGCGGGGGCAGCCUUCGGUACAGAACCAGGGGACCCGGCGUCUCUGCACGCUUGCCGCACCGAGCGGGAGGUCAGGUCCCGGGCGAACGCCGCGCCCACGUCCUCCGCCGCGGCACGGCGGCCAGCGAUGGCCGUGACCCCGUGGCCACCGUGACCCCAGGGCCUCCGCGGCCCGGCUCAGCGCAGAGCCCGGCGCGCUGCCACGUGAGCGCGCGGGGCGGGACCUAGACGAGCCGGGUCAGCCCCAGCGCCCGGCCGCUCUCCCGCGACCCUCGCUGACGCAGCGCUGCGCUUCCGCAUCCGCAUCGGGGCGGCGGGGGCGGGGGCCUGACGUCGCCGCGCUCUGACGUCAGACCUACGCGCCGCGAGUCGCCCGGGAGACGGGGCGCCGCGUCCCCGGCGGAUGGCGGUCUAGGUGAGAGACGGCGGCGUCCCGCGGCGGCCGGGGGCCGGGACGUGGUUCCGGGGCGGGGGCGGGGGCCGCGCGCUCCGUCCUCGCCGCCCGGGAGUCUUCCGGCCGCGGCGGCGCGGGCGGCGGAGAGGAAGACGACCCCGCAUCGUGCCAUGGCGGCAGUCCCCGCUCGCGGAGGUCCGGGACCUGGCCCCAGCCCUGGCCGCGCCGUGGGCGUCGUGCGGGGCGUGCCUGGGGGACCCGGCUGACCCCGGAGCUUGCAGGGAAGCGGAAGUGGCCUGCACGGAGAGCAAGUGCGCGAGCAUCCCAGCGGCCACCGACCCGCGCACCUCCUGCGGAAGCGCUAUGCACGCGUGGGGCGUGAAAGCCCAAAACAGUCAGUGCGUCGAGAGUGACCGCUUUCCCUGGUCCCAGGACGGAAAGGGUCCCUGCUUUCUUGAGGAACGAAGGUGAUCGGAACCUGCCUGUUACUUCCUUUGACUCUUUUGCUCCAGAACUCUAUUUUGGGAAAUUAUGGAUCGUCACAUUCCCAUGCAUGCUUUACCUGAAGAAAUUCAAAAGAUGUCUCCUGAAGAAAAGGUUUGCAAAUACUGUGGAGUCAGCUAUCUAAUUCUUCACGAAUUUAAGGCUAUGGAAGAAAAAGUGAAAGCAAUGGAAAAAGAGAUGCAAUUUUACCAAGAAAGUGUAGAACGUGAAAAGAGACUUCAAGAAAAGCUGCAGUUGCUUAGCCGAGAUUUUGAACAGUACAAAAUUGACAGUGAAUCCAAAACAGAAAGAAUUCGAGAUGCAAGCAUGCAAUUAGAAAGUCAACAAAGUGAAUAUCAGAGAGUACAGAAAGAAUUGAGUCAGUUGCAACAUGAAUUAAAAAUUAAACAUAGACUGUCACAAGUCUUCAGUCAAAGAUUGUCGGAAUACAAAUAUUUCUGGAAUAAGACUCUUUCAUUACUUACUUUUACUAAAAGGGAGCUAACCAGUAUUAAAAAUGAAAUAUAUGAUAAUUUUCAAGACUGGACUUCACUGAAAGGAGAAGUUUUUCUGCAAAUUACAUCUAUAAGUGAAACAGCCUUGACAGAGAUAGAGACACUAAAUAAAAGUUUGACAGUGUCACAGAGAACUAAGGUAUGCCUUGAAGAGGAAAUGAAAAAUCUCAAACUGUUGUCAGAUACAGCCAUACUGAGGUCCCAGCAGAUUCAUGUGUCCAAGCAGCAGGAAGAAAACUUACAAGUCAGAUGCCAUGAUUUGCAGAAAGAAGUACUAGGUGCAGUUUCCUCUGCGGACCCGCGGAGCCCUCACAGGGUUCCAAGACUGCCCUGUGCUCCCUCCUCCCUGCUACCUGUUCCCCACUUGCUGGAAUCUGAUACUACCCUGGCCACUAUCCACGAACCUGUCCACUACCUUCUGCCCACGGCUGUUCCCGCUGUUCCCUGGCUGACGCUGGCCUGCAGUUCCUUUCAUUUCUUCAGCGAGUGUUUCCUGGGCAUCUUCUGCGUGCCAGCCUCUGGGCUUGUCUCGCCUUCGACGUCAACUGUACAGGGUCUUGGCUCUGAAGGGUCUUCCUGGGACGUCCUCCCUCCUGCGUCACACCAGCUGUAUGUGCGUGCUCUUGACCUCGAUUUACAGGGUCAAGUAGAAGCACUUGGGUUAAAACUUCAGAGGGCAGUGACAGAGCUGGACAACUGUCAAGAAAUGCUCACGAAUAAAUCUAAUGAAGCUGAUGACUGUCAAAGAGAACUAAGGAAACUGAAGUUUGAAUCCAUUAUUUCUGAAUCACGGCACACUAGGCUGCUUAAAGAAAAAGAAGACUCUUUAAUGACUUGCCAACAAAUAUACAAAGCUUUACAGGAAGAGCUGACUGCAAAAGAAAGGCAAGAAGAAGACACAAAGAGAAGAAUUAACCUCUCAGAAAGUGAGCUAGAGAUCACCAAAGCUCUUCUGAAUCAGACAAGGCAAGAGGUUACAGCACUGAAAAAUGAAAGGGAAUUGAUGCUGAUGUCACAUCAGAAAAGCAUCGAGCAGCUGCAGGAGACCAUUAGACAGAAGAUGCUGAGUGACGAUAGCUGGAAGGAGAAGAUUGAAGCUGAACUUGCCAAGGAAAGAGCCCGACAUUUAGCUGAAUUUGAGGAGCAGGCUCUUCUCUUUAAGGAAGAAGCAAAACUGGAACUUGAUAUUGAAAAAGAAAAACACCAAGAAAUUAUCCAAAAGUAUAAGAAGGAACAGGAAGCACUACAAAUAAAGAUAUCUGACUUAAUGGCAGGCGCUACUAGAGACCUAAGACUGGAAGUGACCACUCUUAAAGAGAAACUCCGUGAUUCCCACAUCCGAUACAGUGAAGAAUCUGAAUCAAAGAAAAAAGAAAUUGAAAACCUAAAAAAUUUGGUUGCAGAAUUUGAAUCUCGCUUGAAGAAGGAAAUUGACAGUAAUGAUUCAGUUUCAGAAGACUUGAGGAAGGAAAUGAAACACAAGUCAGAGGAACUGGAAAGAGUACUGCUGGCACAAACCCAACUGAUACAGCAACUCAGCCAGUCCCAGAAGGAGAACGCCUUUCUCCAGGAAACGGUGCGCAGAGAGUGCGAAGAACGCUCCGAGCUGACGCAGGCCCUGAGCCAGGCCCGGGAGCAGCUGGUGGCGCUGAGGAAGCUCAGCGGAAGUGCGCCGCGGGCCGCCGGCUCCCUCCGCCGAGGCAGCCCGACCCUCCCCGCCCCAGCCGCGGGCGACCAUUGGGACGGCAGCCGGGCGGCGCUGCGCGCGGGGCGAGGGGUCAGGACGCCGAGCGCGCCCGGGGCGCCGCGACGCUCCGUCUCCCCGCACGCAGGCCUGCCCGCGCUCCCGCAGCUGCAGCCGCCCCGGGCCCGGGCGGCCUCGCAGCGGCUGGCCGCCACUCUCUGGAGGAGGCUGAGUCAGCAGUGAUGUCCCACGGCGGGCGCUCCUCCAGCGUGCAGGCCGCGGGCAGCCCGUCCACCAUGGGAAGGGCAGCGCGGCAGCCACCACUCGGGAGGCCUGCGGAUCACGACUGC